AUGAAUGAGCUCCAAAGAGCGUCAGAAGUGAUAGAGGGAGUCUGGCAACGACUGCCAGUUCAAAAAAUCCAUACAUCGACACUGAAGCAGAGGAAGACCAUAGCGAUGAGGACGCGGAUGCAAAUGUUCUUGCCGUUGAGGGUGAGGGUGACGGCGACCUAUCUGCGCAGUUGGCGAACAAUAUGUCUUUGGGUCGAUGACCCACUGUCAGGUUGGAGCCAAAGAAUCCUUACAUCGACGCUGAAGCAGAAGAAGGUUCUAAUGAUGAGGAUGGGGAUGAGUAUGAUUCCCUUCGCGAUACCGAGGAAGAGGGUGAUAGUGGCCCCUCCACUGCGGCCGCCGAAUGUUACCUGCUUGCUGGGACCGGCCGCCAAACAUACUUUAGCUGCAGCUAUUAAUGAUAUCAUGGACAAGUACACAUUGAACGCGUCCAGUUUAUCAAACGGACGGCUCCGUCAGACAGCUGCCUGGUCCCCCGAGACGAUUCAAAGCAGGAUGUAUCUGUUGCUUGUUUACAGCAUGUCCUUAUUUUCACUGCCAUUGCAUGUCACUCAUUGCAUUUCAGGAACUUCUACCAGUUACAUCGCUGAACACCUUCGGAGAAAAGGGUUCCCCGUUACUGUGUUGCUUUGGGCACAAGGCCAACUUUAUGUGGUUUCGGACAGUCCCAGGACCAUCUCAUUGUCCCUUCCAAUCUCGCUUCAUCCCUCAGUAAAAGAGUAUCUUUACAUUUCGGAUGAAGAACAUGAAGCAGUCAAACGUGCGCGAUUGACCUUACCCAGUCCUGCGUGGGUGAAAAUUAAGACAAGCACGCGCCACAAAUACAACGGCGCCAUAGGUUAUGUUUUCGAGGAGUCUGAGGAAAACGACAAUUUCGUGAAGGUAUUAAUCUCUCCAUGGGACUUCCCCUAUCCCAUGCCACAGGGGUCUGUAGCGCUAUUCGACCUAGCCCGCCUUCCGACUGGCAAGUUCACCACCAAUAUCAUUCGUCAUGGGAAAGUUGUCGGAUGGACGUACAGAGGAGAGCAAUAUUACAUGGGGCUGCUACUGAAAACAUUUCACCGCUAUCUUCUAGAGCUCGUUGUCGUUCCUCACCCUGAUGACAUUCGGUUGCAUCUCCAAUCCGGAUGGGAUACUCACUUCGUCAAGAACACUGAGCUUGCGUUUUCCAUGCAGUUUUUGCGCGAAGGCGAUGCAGCCAGGGUUCUCACAGGAGAGGUUCAUUCAGAGAUCGGUGAAGUUAUCUCAAUGGACCAUGUGUUUGGUUCCGUGCGGUUGAAAAUCGACACCAACGGAUUACAGAGAGAAAUAGACCUUCGAGUCCGGGACGUAGAGCGCGUGUUUUGGAUCGGUGAUGCAGUUAGAGUUGUAGCGGGUUCAUACUUGGGGUUGGAAGGGCAUAUCAUUGGAAUGUCUGAUGAGAUAUUUGAUGUUUGUCAAGAAGAUACAAAGGAAGAGAUUCAAGUAUCGAAGUACUACCUGGAUCGUCAUCCUUUGCGACACACGCUGCAAGCACAGCUGGCACUGCCACUACUUCAAGUUGUGGAGCCUCCCCCCAAACAGGACUCUAUUGAAGUUGGGGAUUACGUACAAGUAUUUGAAGGAGAAUAUCUAGGGAAGUCGGGUAUCGUGGAAUGGUUUCCUGCAGGAAGUACCACUCUAUUCUUGCGGGAUGCAGACCUUGACAUGAAUGCGGACGUCAUGGAAGGACCGCUGCCAGUUCAAGUUCCCGCGGCAAUGGUUCAGCGGGCACGCCUCGCCCCUAUAAUUAAAUACACCAAGGACAGGGGUUAUGAUGUAAAGCCUGGAGACUUCGUGAGCGUCGUCCGUGGACCCGAGUUUGGGACAACAGGCUUUGUGCACAGCGUCAACUUUCCAAUGGCUCGCAUGAAAAUACAGUCUUCCAGUGAUUACUCACUCAUCGAAGUUCCCAUCAGAUUUGCAAUGAUGCUGCGCAAAACAAGCAUUGAUGAGUUUAAGAGUGUAAUCGGGAGGGAAGUAUUCAUUAUCGGAGGUGAUCUCAAGGGCUACCGAGCCACUCUAUACAGCGUUGCGAGCAACACCUGCACUGUCGCUGUUCAUGGACAAAGUUAUGCAAUGAGAUUGAAUGGUGCAAUAAUCGAAGGGUGCGACUUAAUAUCUUUCUGCGAAAUGCGGAAAAAAUCGUUCUUGACGCCCCAACGAAGUGUCACCCCCCCACCCCAAGCAUCAGUUCCAUCCAGCUCCAACUUGAAUACAGAUCAGGGACCUUCGUCUUCGUCUUCUUCCGGCGUCUGGGCCCCUUGGUCGACCAGCGCUGAGGGUAACAAUACAGCGCUUGACCAUUCAUCGGGCGUCAAUGCUUCAUCGACAUUCGACCCCUGGACUGCCAAUAAUCCCAAUGACAUCUGUGAUCGUAUUGAGGCUGAAGCGGAGACACAUGCAGACCCGGGUGAGUCCCCAACGAGGGCAUCACAACAUCGAGCUUAUUGA